AUGGGAUUCACGGACUUCCUAUCCAGCACGGGUCUGACCAUCUUGGAUCAGUGGACCCGGACGAGAUCGUACAUUGUCGGCUACGGUCCCUCGCAAGCCGAUGUAAAAUGCUUCCAAGCCCUGAAGGAGUCACCAAAGGUCGAGCAAUAUCCACACGCCUACCGCUGGUACAAGCACACUGCCACCUUCGAGUCUGAAUUCUCCUCUCUGCCAGGCGACCCCAGCAAGGAGUACACCGCCUACGGCCCAGAGUUGUCUGAGCUCACCGUCAACCCGGCCAAGGCCCCAGGGAAGGAGGAGGCUGCCAAGGGUGGUGACGAUGACGAUGAGGAUGUCGAUCUUUUCGGCUCCGAUGACGAGGAGGAGGAUGCAGAGGCUGCGCGUGUAAGGGAGGAGCGCCUGGCCGAGUAUUCCAAGAAGAAGGCCGGCAAGACGAAGCCUGCUGCCAAGUCGAUUGUCACACUCGAUGUUAAGCCUUGGGAUGACGAGACAGACAUGAAAGAGCUCGAAGGCGCUGUGCGCGGCAUUGAGAAGGACGGUCUCGUAUGGGGUGGCUCGAAGUUGGUCGCUGUCGGUUUCGGCAUCAAGAAGCUGCAGAUCAACUUGGUCAUUGAGGAUGAAAAGAUCUCCCUCGACGAGCUCCAGGAGGAGAUUGAGGGCUUCGAAGACUAUGUGCAGUCUUCUGACGUCGCGGCCAUGCAGAAGUUGUAG